AAGAUGGAUGGACAUCAAGAACAGAGUACUAACGGAGUGGAAAGAGAAGGAAACAGGGGAGGCAUCAACAAGUUUGCUUGUGCUUGUGCCAUCAUAGCUUCCAUAAUCUCCAUCUUGAUGGGAUACGAUACCGGAGUGAUGAGCGGCGCCAUGCUGUUCAUGAAAGAAGACCUGAAGAUCAAGGACGGCCAGGUGGAAGUGCUCGCCGGAAUCAUGAACAUCUGUGCGUUGGUCGGAUCGCUCACCGCUGGCCGGCUCUCCGAUUGGCUCGGCCGCCGUUGCACCAUCGUCGUCGCUUCGGUUAUCUUCUUAAUCGGCUCGGUGCUGAUGGGGAUCGGACUGAACUUCGCGAUGCUCUUCUGCGGCCGCUGCGUGGCCGGCGUGGGCGUCGGAUACGCGCUCAUGGUCGCCCCGGUCUACUCCGCCGAGAUCUCCUCGCCAGCCACCCGCGGCUUCCUUACCUCGCUCCCGGAGAUCUGUAUCAGCUUCGGCAUCCUCCUCGGUUACGUCUCCAACUACUUCCUCUCGGAGCUGCCUCUCAAGGUCGGGUGGAGGGUGAUGCUGGGCGUCGCGGCCGUCCCCUCCGCUGCUCUGGGGCUCGGCGUCCUCGCCAUGCCGGAGUCGCCCCGGUGGCUCGUCAUGCAGGGCCGCGUGAGGGAAGCCAAGGCCGUCCUGCUUCGCGUCUCCAAUACCCCAGCGGAGGCCGAGCUAAGGCUCGGCGAGAUCAAAGCCGCCGCCGGGAUCAUGGCUACCGGCGACGACGAAGACGUCAAGCCGCCGCCUGGAGGGUGGAACCUGGGGGAGGGCGUGUGGAAGGAGCUGCUCCUCCGGCCGAGGCCGCACGUGCGCCGCAUCCUGGCGGCCGCCCUGGGGAUCCACUUCUUCGAGCACGCCACCGGGAUCGAGGCCGUGGUGCUCUACUCGCCGAGGAUCUUCAAGAAGGCCGGCGUCGAGGGGCGGCGCAGGCUCCUCCUCGUCACCAUGGGGAUGGGCGUCACCAAGGCGGCCUUCAUCCUGGUGGCCACGUGUCUGAUCGACAAAGUAGGGCGGCGGCCGUUGCUGCUGAGCAGCGUCGGAGGGAUGGUGCUCUGCCUCCUGGGACUGGGUUCCGGCCUCACGGCGGUGGAGCACGGCGAGGCGGCGAACCGGCCGUGGGCGGUAGGGCUGUGCAUCUCCUCCGUGUUCCUCUACGUGGCGUCGUUCUCCGCCGGCAUGGGGCCGGUGACGUGGGUGUACAGCUCGGAGAUCUUCCCGCUGAGGCUGAGGGCCCAGGGAGCGAGCCUGGGGGUGGCUGUGAACAGGAUGAUGAACGGGGUGGUGUCCAUGACCUUCAUUUCGCUCUACAAGGCCAUCACCAUCGGAGGGGCCUUCUUCAUGUUCGCGGGCAUCGCCGUCGUCGCGUGGCUCUUCUUCUUCUUCUUCUGCCCGGAGACGAAGGGCAGGUCGCUGGAGGAGACGGAGGCGGCGUUCGGCGAAAAAGGAGGAAGGAACAAUAAUAAUUAAUCAGCCUGCAAAUUAAUGUACUUAAUGCAAUUAAUUAAGGGUCCAAGGCCUACUUAGUAGGAGAUAAAAGAGUGACUAAUUAAGCCUAUUUAUUUCCUUGGGAGCUCAUAGUUUCGAAA